AUGUCCUGUCUGGAAUGUAGUUCAGGUCAUUGUGGUAAUAAGUGUAUGCUUCAUACUAUCUUGUCAUUCUUUUCCUUGUUAUCUUUUCUUUUUGUCAUCGAAAAUUUCGUCUUGACGUUUGCAUUUGGUUCACCGAUGACAUUAAUGAAUCAUCAUCAUCAUCAUCAACAGCAGUAUAUUCCCCCAUCAUGGUCAACAACAGAUAAUAAUAAUACACGCUUUCUUCCCAUUGAUUCUCAACAACAAGUCCAACACCACUGUCGUCCAACAUUUUCCAAUGAAACAAAUGAUAAUCAAUAUAAUUUAUCAUCACAUAUCCAACCGAAGAUCGAACCGAACAAUGUCAUUAUCAAUGGGAGCAAUGAUACAAUUAUUGACGAUCAACGUCCAGAUACUCAUUCGUCAAUGAUGAACGAUAAACAAAUGGUCGAAUGUGUUGUUUGCGGAGAUAAAUCAAGUGGAAAACAUUAUGGACAAUAUACAUGUGAAGGAUGUAAAUCAUUUUUUAAACGUUCAGUUAGACGUAAUCUUAACUAUACAUGUCGCGGAAAUCGAAAGUGUCCGAUCGAUACUCAUCAUCGUAAUCAAUGUCAAUAUUGUCGAUUUUCUCGUUGUUUGAAAAUGGGCAUGAGACGUGAAGCUGUCCAGCGCGGUCGUGUUCCAUCCGUUUCCAAUACAUACGGCCAUUUUACUUUUCCACCCGAUGCACAUAAUUAUUUAAACAACUAUAUCUCGCACUUAGUUCGUGCAGAAUCUUAUUCAUUCAUAUCCAAUCGUCUGCAAUCGUCUUCAUCAUCAACUCCAGCUGCAGGUAGUUCAUCCAAUUCAAAUUCGUCAACAUCCUCAGAAAAUACCAAUCCGAAUAUGAUUAAUAUGGACAAUGCAUGUGAAUUAGCGGCUAGUCUCCUCUUCGGUGCCGUUGAAUGGGCACGAAAUAUUCCAUUUUUCCGAGAAUUAACCCUCAAUGAUCAAUCCUUGUUAUUACAAGUCACAUGGAAUGAAUUAUUUCUGUUGAAUGCCAGUCAAUGUAACAUGCCGAUACAGGCGACGCAAUUAUUAAUCUUAAAUGGUAUUCAUAAUAAUACCAUUGAUUCAGAUAAAGUCCAGACUUAUCUGGAUCAAACACGAAAAUUUCAAGAACAAGUAGAAAAGUUCAAACUGAUGCACUUAGACCAUGCAGAAUAUUCCUGUUUAAAAGCAAUUAUUCUAUUUACACCAGAUGCAUCGGGCUUAUCCGAUCCUGGACAUGUUGAUGGUUUACAGGAAAAAUCUGUUCUUGCUCUCGAAGAAUAUAUUAAAAGUCAAUAUCCAUCACAUAUGAAUCGUUUUGGUAAACUAUUACUUCGUUUACCCUCAUUGAAAUUAGUUAGUUCACAAGUGAUCAAAGAGAUCUUUUUCGUUCGUCUGGUUGGCAAAACACCUAUUGAAUCGUUAAUUCGAGAUAUGUUAUUAACUAAUAAUACAUUUCCGAAUGGAACAAUUCCAACCACUGCAUCCUCAUCGUCAUCAUCAAGUGUAACCAAUACAUCUGCCUUUAAUCUUAAUUCAACACAACGUUCGUUCAUUUCGUAUCUUUUGUCUACUUGCGCAAAAAUGAAGUUAUACAAUUUAACUUUACAACGUCCCGGUGGUAUAACUCAUGUCAUCCAUGGAAAUUUCUCCGGUCCAAAGCAGCAAGAGAUCAUUGUUUCACGUGGUUGUGUAUUAGAAGUUCUAAAACCAGAUGCAAGCACCGGUAAAAUCCAUACAUUGUUAAGCUAUAAUGUAUUUGGUAUUAUUCGCUCACUUAAUCCUAUUCGAUUGUCGGGUAGUAAUCGAGGUAAACAGCGUGACUUGGAUGCGUCCAAAGAAUUUCAUGCGUAUCAAUUUUUAGAUUAUAUUGUCGUUGGUAGUGAUUCUGGUCGGAUACUUAUUCUUGAAUAUAAUGGACAAAAAAACGUACAUCAAGAAACGUUCGGAAAAUCUGGUUGUAGAAGAAUCGUUCCUGGACAAUACUUAGCUGUCGAUCCAAAAGGACGUGCAGUACUUAUUGGCGCACUCGAAAAGCAGAAGUUAGUUUAUAUACUGAAUCGUGAUUCUCAAGCACGACUAACCAUUUCAUCGCCACUAGAAGCACACAAAGCAAAUACAAUAACAUAUUGCAUUGUCGGUGUUGAUGUUGGCUUCGAAAAUCCAGUUUUUGCUUGUUUGGAAGUGGACUAUGAGGAAUGUGACAAUGAUCCUACUGGCCAAGCAGCAAAUGAGAUUAAACAAUCUUUAACAUUCUACGAACUUGACUUAGGUCUUAACCAUGUUGUGAGAAAAUAUUCCGAACCAUUAGAGAAAUUCGCUAAUUUACUUAUUACUGUACCGGGUGGAAACGAAGGACCAAGUGGUGUACUUGUUUGCUCGGAAAAUUAUAUCACAUUUAAAAAUUUUGGUGAUCAACCAGAUAUUCGUUGUCCAAUACCAAGACGUCGAAACGAAAUCGAUGAUCAAGAACGAACGAUGAUUAUUGUUGCAGCAGCCACGCAUAAAACGAAAAAUAUAUUGUUCUUUCUUGUCCAAACUGAGCAAGGCGAUAUUUUCAAAAUUACUUUGACUCAUGAUGCCGAUAUGGUUACAGAAAUUCGUUUGAAAUACUUCGAUACUGUACCUGUGGCUGCUGCGAUGUGUGUUCUUCGAAAUGGUUUUCUUUUUCUGGCUUCUGAAUUUGGCAAUCAUUAUUUAUACCAAAUAACUCAAUUGGGUGAUGCUGAUGAUGAACCAGAGUUUAGUUCAUCGGAACGACUUGAAGAAGAAGACACGUUCUUUUUUGUACCACGUAAACUCAAGAAUUUAAUCCUAGUCGACGAAAUGGACAGUUUAUCACCUAUCACUGCGUGUCACAUUGCUGAUCUUGCUAAUGAAGAUACACCGCAACUGUAUGUUACAUGUGGCCGUGGGCCCCAUUCAACGCUUCGUAUUCUUCGUCACGGUUUAGAAGUAACAGAGAUGGCCGUCUCAGAAUUACCUGGUAAUCCCAAUGCUGUAUGGACUGUGAAGAAAAGAAUUGAUGAUCCAUACGAUUCAUACAUUGUUGUCUCAUUUUCCAAUGCUACUCUAGUACUAUCUAUCGGUGAAACCGUUGAAGAAGUAGCUGAUUCUGGCUUUCUGGGUACGACGCCAACAUUGUCAUGUAGCCAAUUGGGUGACGAUGGAUUACUUCAGAUUUAUCGUGAAGGUAUUCGACAUAUCCGAGCUGAUAAACGUGUGAACGAAUGGCGUGCACCAGGAAAGAAAGCCAUUACACGUGCCGCUGUUAAUCAACGACAGGUUGUUAUUGGUUUAACUGGUGGCGAACUUGUUUAUUUCGAAAUGGAUACAACCGGUCAAUUGAAUGAAUACACUGAAAGAAAAGAAAUGCCCGGUGAUAUCGUCUGUAUGGCCUUGGGUUCAAUACCCGAAGGUGAACAACGAUCACGUUUUCUUGCCGUCGGCCUUUCAGAUAGUACUGUGCGAAUUAUUUCACUAGAUCCACAGGAUUGUUUGAGUCGGUUGAGUAUGCAAGCCUUACCAGCUCCGGCUGAAACCUUAUGUAUUGUUGACAUGAAGACAACCGAAGGUGGCGUUGUGGUUGAUUCCAGUAGUGGUCGCGAACAACAAAUUGGGCCGACUACGACUUCCUUUUUAAAUAUUGGUUUACAGAAUGGUGUACUCCUAAGAAGUGUACUGGAUUCGGUUACAGGCGAUAUGUCAGAUACUCGAACACGAUACCUUGGUUCGAAACCAGUGAAAUUAUUUCGAAUUUUAAUGCAAGGAAACGAAGCUGUUUUAGCAAUGUCCAGUCGUACAUGGCUUAGUUACACGUAUCAAGGUCGUUUUCACUUAACUCCCCUAUCAUACGAAUCUCUUGAAUAUGCUUCGGGCUUCGCAUCGGAACAAUGUCCUGAAGGUAUUGUUGCUAUCGCUGGCAAUACUCUUCGAAUUUUAACAUUGGAAAAACUUGGUGCGAUAUUCAAUCAAGCUAUUCAUAAGCUAAAGCUAACACCACGUCGUUUCAUCAUCUAUCCCGAAGUUUAUCGACUCUACUUGAUCGAAUCCGAUCAUCUAGCUUAUACAGAAGCAAGUAAACAACAGAAACGGGAACAAAUUAGCAAAGAGAUGAUCGAUGCAGCUGACAGCGAAAAUCGAGAAUCUGUACAAGAAAUAGCCAAUGCUAUGUUAGCUGAAAGAAUUCCCGAAGAAACAUUUGGCGCACCAAAGGCAGCCAACGGCAUGUGGGCUUCACAGUUACGUGUUAUGGAUACAAUCAGUGGCGAAACGAAAUUCCUCCGUGAAUUUGAACAAAAUGAAUCAGCUGUUUGUUUAAGUUUAAUGCGGUUUGAUACACGUCCAACGGAUGUAUUUUUAUUAGUCGGUGUUGCACGAGAUCUUGUUCUCUCGCCUCGUUCACAUUCUGGUGGAAUGAUUUACUGCUUUCUCGUCUUGGAAAAUGGUGAUAAACUUCAUUUUAUUCAUAGAACGGUUGUUGAUGAAGUUCCGUCUGCCAUAUGUCCAUUUAUGGGCCGUGCUUUGAUCGGUGUUGGAUCGAGUUUACGUAUUUAUGAAAUUGGAAAGAAGAAAUUAUUGAAAAAAUGUGAAAACAGAAACAUUCCCAAUCACAUAGUGACGAUACAUGCCGUCGGUAAUCGAGCAUUUGUUACAGAUAUUCAAGAAAGUAUACAUAUCCUUCGUUAUAAAACAAUGGAAAAUCAAUUAGUGACAUUUGCUGAUGAUACUUGUGCGCGUUUUACUGUUGCAUGCUGUUUAUUAGAUUACAGUACUGUCUGUGUAACGGAUAAGUUUGGUAAUAUCGCUAUUUUACGUGUUCCUGUCGAUGCUAACGAUGAUAUCGAAAUCGACCCAACAGGAAGUAAGGGCUUAUGGGAUCGUGGUCUCUUGAAUGGUGCACCGAAUAAAUGUGAUAUACUCGCUCAUUUCUAUGUGGGAGAAAUGGUUACAUCUGUCCAACGAGCAACAUUGAUUCCAGGUGGAUCUGAAUCUCUUGUCUACACAACAUUAUCAGGCUCCAUUGGAGUGCUAAUACCUUUUGCAUCAAAUGAGGAUUAUGACUUCUUUCAACACUUGGAAAUGUAUAUGCGAGCUGAGUAUCAAACGCUAGUUGGCCGAGAACAUCUGGCUUUUCGGUCUUAUUACUAUCCUGUUAAGAACGUUCUCGACGGCGAUCUUUGCGAACAAUACAAUCAUUUGGACAUAAACAAACAAAAAUCCAUCGCCGAAGGUCUUGAUCGUACGGCAAGUGAAGUGGCGAAGAAACUGGAAGAUAUUCGUACACGCUAUGCUUUCUAA